CAAUCCUCCACAAGACAGACAACUAGUGUUGCUUUGUCUUCAGAGAGUGCGAAUGAUAGCUUGAACGAAGAAGAAACUUUGGCUUCGCAACGGAAAAGAAAAAAAAGAGUGCCAAAGAAUUGUUCUUGGAUCAUUCGCAGAAUGAUAAGAGCAGCCAUUUUGUUUGGGGUUCUUCUCGCGGCCUUUGUUCAGGCGGAAGACUGGGCAAUUCACGUUCCCGGAGGCAGCAAAUUUGCUGAUGAUUUAGCAAAAGGCCACUCUUUAGAGAAUCUGGGUGAAGUCAUACCAGAGUCGAACAUAUUCCACAUUAGAGUGCCGAAACACUCUCGAUCUAAACGAGACACUGCUUCAUUGAAGAUAAUCCAUGAUUCUUUGGAAUCUCACGAUCAAGUGGAGUGGUUGGAACACCAGAAUACUCCAUUGAAGAGAGUGAAGCGCGGCCCUCUACCACCUUUGGAACCUAACCGUUUUCUAUCCCCUCGACAAAGUCAAGGCCCUCUUUGCUUUGUCAACACCAUCGGUAAAGGCGAAGCGGGUCCCAAGAGGUGCGUGUUCCCGUUCCAAUUCAAGGACAAGACUUACCUGAAAUGCACGUCUGAUCACUCCUCCAAUGGAGCUCCUUGGUGCGCCACAGAAGUGAGGCCUGAUGGAGAGGUAAUCCCUGGUCAAUGGGGGGAUUGUGAUGAGGAGUCAUUUCAAUGUUUCAAUAUCAAACCGGAAAGUGGGCCCUCCAGGCCUAGCCCUCCAAGACAAUCGCUACCCCAAACAUUGGCUGGCCCGAGGCUACCUCCAGGAGCAUCAUUUCUCAAAGGCCGACUCCCCCGACCUUUUCCUUUUCAACUUGGCCAAGAUCAAGGUGGGUUUGGCAGACCACAGGGACAGGGUGGUCCACCUAGAGGAUUCCCACCCCAAGGUCGACCUCGGCUACCUUUAAGCAACGAUCCCAGAUUUGGAGGCCCCGGAGGAAAAUUGCCCCCUUUUUUCCAAGGUGGAUUUCCUAAUGGUGGCGGUGCCGGCAGGCUUCCAUUCCGUGGCCCACCGCCCCCUGGGGCCCAAGGAACGGUGAAUUUCUAUGAAAAUGAGAUCGAUCAGCCGUCCAAUCUGAGUGCCUUGAAAACGAAACUGGACGAUCCAGCGUGGCCGAGCAUGUGGUUCUUAAACCGAGGAGGCGAAUCAAUGGAUAUGAAUGUGGAAGACGCUUGGGAACAGGGCUAUUCUGGCAAAGGGGUGAAAGUGACCAUUCUGGAUGACGGCAUUGAAGUCUCCCAUCCCGAUUUGAAGGAUAACUACGACCCUAAAGCCAGCAUUGAUUUCAACGAUAACGAUGCUGACCCUUCUCCCCGAUAUGAUCCAUUCAACUACAACAAGCAUGGAACCCGAUGCGCAGGAACCGUUGCCGCUUCAGCCAACAAUAGCCAAUGUGGCGUGGGAAUCGCGUUUAAUGCCAAAGUGGGUGGGAUCCGGAUAUUAGAUGGACCCAUUGUGGACAUGCUGGAGGCCAAAGCUCUCAGCUAUAACCGGGAUUACAUUGACAUUUACUCGGCGUCUUGGGGACCUGAUGAUAAUGGCGAGACUGUGGAUGGACCCGGAAAACUGGCCAAAAAAGCAAUCGAGGAGGGAAUAGCCAAAGGUAGAUCAGGAAAAGGCUCCAUCUUUGUCUGGGCGUCGGGUAACGGUGGCAAGCAUGCCGAUUCUUGCAAUUGCGAUGGCUAUACCACUUCAAUUUACACCUUGAGUGUGAGCUCUGCCUCAGAAAAUGGGCUCAUUCCGUGGUACUCCGAAAGUUGCUCGUCUUCCUUGGCCACCACUUACAGCUCUGGCUCUAAAACUGAAAGAAAAGUCGUUACCACUGACCUCCGCGGAGGUUGCACCAACAAGCAUACGGGUACCAGUGCGAGUUCGCCUAUGGCGGCCGCAAUUGUGGCCUUAACUUUGGAGGCCAAUCCCAAUCUGACUUGGAGAGACGUCCAACAUGUAACGGUCAGAUCAGCCCGACCGGAGGGCAACCUCAAGGGAGGCAAUUGGAGAACGAAUGGCGUUGGCAGAAUGUACUCCCAUGCCUUUGGCUUCGGGCUGAUGGACGCAGGGGCGAUGACGAGACUGGCCAAGGACUGGACGACCGUUCCGGAGCAAUUCAAGUGUACAACUGCCCCUGGAGCUUUAGCGGAGCCACUUGAAAUCCUGCCGGACACCGAGCAAAGGAUUGUCCUGAAUGCUCAGGCUUGUCAAGGCAUCAAAUUCAUUGAGCAGAUUCAUCUUCAUAUCGAUUUGAAGUCUCUAGCCCGCAGAGGACAGCUAUCUGUCAUGCUCAUCUCGCCAAUGGGAACCGAAUCUGUCCUCUUAGCUCCUCGACCCAAGGACCGAAUCCGAAGUGGAUUGGACUUGUUCAGCAAAUGGCCAAUGAUGUCGGUCCACUUUUGGGGCGAGAGUGUUUUGGACACUGACACCUCCAGCAGUGAUUGGACGCUGUUGAUUAGAAACACCGGGGACCGGGAAUCUACUCUUAAUGACUUCCAAAUCUCUUUUUACGGUACGGAGACCGAUCCACAACCGGAGAAUACACAAGGAUCCCAAAGUGAGGACGCUGCCACCACCGCAAGCAUUCCUAGAAUUGAUAUUCAAGAUGAAGCCACAACAGCCGGAGGUGAGGGGGAGCAAAUGGAACCCGAAAUAACUACUUUCCGACCCCAGGUUCAAGUCCCUGUGGAAGUGGGUGCUCCCAUUGGCGACUCGAAUGUCCCCGAAGAUGUAGAGCUGAUUGAUAUGACCAACAAGCCUUUGAAGCUUCAGAAUCAGAAUCAAGACAUAGAGGACGAGGAAAAGUACAAAGAGGGCGAAGAGAACGAACAAGAGUUCGAAGGAGAUAAUGACGAAAACGAAGAGGGAGGAGAGGAAGACAGUUUGGCGACUCCCAAGUCCUCAGCCAGAAAAGCUCGAGUGCAAGAAAUUCAUCCGGAUUCCUACAUUGACUUUUCGUCUCCCGCGUGGCAAGGUGCCGAGAUCCCAACCAACUAGAUACCCUCAAUUAUUUUGGCCACGAGCUCUUGGCAUGCAAAUUGGAAUACUCAAACCUGUGGCUCUCGAUCACCGCGACACAUCCACUUUCAACACGGCUAUUGCAAUGAAUCCAGAAGUUCAGUCACCAAAACAUAUAUUUUCUUAUGUUGAUAGAAGACAUAUUAAUAUAUAUUUUUGACAUAACUUGAAA